UCCCCCUUGGUCCUCAAUGCACAUUGUAUCAAACGUCUAGCCCCAGUGCGUGUGUAGGUCGCAUGUGUAUGUGUUUAGGCCUAUCGGAUGUGCUAUUCCACAGGAUUUCAAAAUAGUGUGUAGCCUACACUCUAGAUAUGUGUUUAGUUUAGGACUGUGAUUAGGUUUUCAACUUGUUUCGAUUUUAUGAUUUUAGAUAAUUCUAGAUCUAUAUUAAGUAUAUUAUUCUACAUAGACCGUAAAUCUGGAGUCUAAGUAGCAGACUCAAAUUGAAGUCUAGAGCUAGACUUUUGAGUCAAGAUAUCUACUCAGACUGCAAUGGCGCACUUAACAGCAUAUUCACCCGUCCGAUCAGACGAUCAAAAUAUAAAUGGUGCCGAAAAUUUCAACGCCAAUAGUGCUUCAAAUAGCCAAACCAAGGAUAAGAAGUUGUGCUGGUUUGGCUUCGCGCCUUGUGUCUUGUUGUUCUUAGCUGUGGUGACUAUGUUCUUGAUCGGGCUCUUGGUUGGAUUUUACGUGAAAGAGCUUGAGAAUGAAGACCCGAGCGUGACGGAACUCUGCAAGGAGCACCAGAAAGACAGUCAGGAUUACGAUGUGACCAAAUUUGUGACAUACCAUGACACGUUGAUCUAUUCUAUCCAUGGGGAGAACUUUUCCAAGUUUGUCGAAAAAUAUGGAACAAAAGAUCCGGUGACUGGCAGCGACUUAGAGGCAAGGUUGUCUGAUGAAAUCUUACAAGAGUUCACUAAAUAUAGCUUCACCAAAGUGGAUGUAGAAGAAUAUGACAUAGUGGUGCCGUCAGCUGACCCUUCACGUCCCAACCGCCUUGAGAUUCUCCAUCACAAUGGGAGCAGACAGCUGGAUGCCUACCUGACCAACAGGAGAGACAAAAUAGCCAAGAGUUCACUUAAGAGAAAUGUGACCCCUACAGAAUGGCAGAAUGCUUUUGUUGCUUUCUCACCGCCAGGAGAGGUUCAGGGUUCCCUUGUCUAUGGACAUUAUGGACUAGAGACAGACUUUCAAGUUUUGGAUGCCUAUAAUGUUUCUGUUCAAGACAAAAUUGUUCUGCUUAGGCUCGGCAAGAUACCUGUUGCUAGCAAGGUCUUUAAUGUGGAGUCAAAUGGCGGCAAAGCUGUAUUGCUUUACUGGGAGCCUAAAGAUGCUGAAGCUUCUCAUGUUGAGCUAUAUAAUACCACAUACAUUCCAUUUGCAUCGGCUACUCAGUUUUCUACAGAUCUGCCAACAUUUUGGAAGCCGUCCAUCCCUUGUCAGACAAUUUCAGUCAGCCAUGCUAGGACAUUGAUGACUCAUCUCUCUGCUGAUCCCAGGAAUGUGAAGGCCCCUGAAGAUUGGCAGGAGUCUGUUGCCAGAACCAACACUCUUGGUGGAAGCAGUGGUUCAUUUAUCGUACGUCUGACGGUGAACAAUCAACCAGUGAAGAAAGUCAUCAAGAACAUCAUCAGUACAAUACCUGGUCAAACGGAGUAUGAUCGUUAUAUAAUAGUUGGAGCUCCAAGGACAGCCUUACCUGGCCAGCCCCAGGAUGCAAUCGCAAGCUCCUCUCUGUUGAUUCAGUUGGCCAGGGCGUUCCACAACAUGCACCAGAGACACAAGUGGAAGCCUGCCAAGGGAGUGAAACUUAUAUCCUGGGGUGGUACAGAGUUGUCUAACCUGGGAGUACAGCAUUAUAUCAAGUCUCAUCGUUAUCUUCUGGAACAACGAGCCAUGGCCUACAUUGACUUGUCACAGACAACCCUCGGCAAUGAUACCCUUGAGAUGCAGUCACCUAAGGGAUUUUAUGAGACUAUUGAAAAGAUCAUUAAAAAUGCUGUUGAUCCUAAAACUGGGGAAUAUACAUUUUCCUACACGGAUAAUGAUGAUACAACAGAACCCUACAAUGGUGAUAAUAGUGAGAGUCCCAGCAGCCUUUUUGUACAUACAUUAAACUUACAUACUAUCAAAGUUCAAUAUAAAAUGAAUGCUGGGGCAGUGAACUCCCAGAGCCUGAUGCUAGAGCUGGACAUGAAUCACCACUUCAAGUACCACCUGGCCGUGGCCCACAUUCUCAUCAAGACCAUGCUGACCCUGCUGGACACGCCCCUGCUGCAGAGGGAUGUCUGCCGAGACACCAAAAACAUCCAGCUGAUGGUCCAUCUAACUUCCAACAUCUUGGACGACUGCUCUGGGGGCAAUGUGACCUUGGCUGAAGCAGAGGACCUCUGUGUGGAGGUGGAGAGAGCUUGUGAGGAAUUUAAAAAUCUCACCGACACGCUGAUGCAGACAGUGGGCCAGUCAUCUGUCAGGAUGGUCAGUGACAUCAGGAUGUUAUUUGACAGGCACCUCGUUGUCAACAAAAACGGGUUUCUGCGUAACAUCAUGUAUCCCAUGAGCCAUGUUGACGGCAUUGCCGGGGCCAAUGAAAUGUGUGUUAUCGGGGAGAAGACCCGAUCCUGGAGUUCAGUGCAAGAGUUUAAACAAACAUUGUCGGAAUCUUUGACGAAAAUUUUAAGGACAUUGAGUUUAUAUUCCUAGCUUGUCCAAGUUAUCACCUUCGACAUUGAAAUUAUCUGUGUAAAUACCGACUGCAAUAUUUGUUCUUUUGAUUGCUACAUGGUGGCCAUGGUGAGCGUGUGUGUUUGAGCGUGUGUGUGGGUGAGACUGAGGACUGGAGCAAUAAUAUGGGAGCUUUAAAUGUGACUAAAAAAUGUCAUUCUACGUUGUAUUUCUUAGCAUUGUUUUUUGUUGGUAUUUAUACAGUGAACAUAAAUAUAUAUUGAUUGCAUAAUUACUACCUGUAAUUAAUAUGCCAAAUAGAAAUCUACAAAUAUUAGUAAAGCCCAUAAUAAAUUUUACAAAUGAAAGCUAUCUCCUCGUUAUUUCAUCUGCUGCUCCUCCCCCCAUCCCCCUUUUAUUCCACUAAGUUUGUUUUAACUUUUAUGCCGAGGCUAAAUAGCCAACUUUUUUUUGACAUCCCACAGUGUCCUGCAAGAGAAACAUGUCUCAUGGACACACUCCAUUAAGGAGCUGGAGAGGCUGAAAUCCCACAACAGGGGCGUAGCUAAAAACUAUCAUUUGAGGGCCCGGGAGCGUGACCUCUUUUGAGGCCUAAUAAAUUUUGCGUUAUAUUUAAUAUUUAUUAUAAAAAAAAAACCCACUCAUUUGGGGGCCCGGGGGGAUUUUCAAAUUCUCCCACCACCCUAGCAAAGUCGCUGGUGCACAAUGAUGCUCAAAAUGAAAAAAUGUCAAAAAUUCAUGUUUUCGUCUAUCCUCUAUUCCAUUUGAAAUUUUGAAAAAAAUCUACAAUGUAUUUAGUUAAUGAUUUGACAAGGGUUUUUACACAUAAAACACAGCUUCUAAUUCCUUAUCAAAUAUGUGUGCAGAAAUAAAUUCUAAAUUUAAUUUUAAACAAAUGUCUGGUGUUUCAAAUUGUAGAGUUUUAAAUCAAGACUUGUUUCACAUUAUUUGCUUAUAUGACUGACAUGAUAAAACAAAUAUGUGCAGUAAUAUGGUGCAGAAAAUGUUUUGCAAUAGAAAACAUACAAUAGCACUUCUUUAUUCAAAUUUUUGUGGAUGUUUUCUUCAAGUUUGAUUUGGUUGUAGUUUUUAAAUUGGCUUUUUCUCUCUGGCUAAUUCAGAUUUCAUUACUUAGUAGCUUAAGUAGUUUGUAUAGUUUGUCCACUAUGGUUCGAUAAUGAUGACUUAUGACCACUUUGCACCGUGGUUUUGACUCCUUAUGCGGCUGGGAGACCUAUGUGAGCCCGGAAUCUUAGGCUGCAUGCUGGGCAGGUUUUUUCAGAUGGAGCUUGCAUCAUAGGCCUUGCUUUUUUAAUUAGGAUACUUUUAGCUGCAAUCGCACAAACAUAUGUACUGUUUAAUUUAUUUAUUAGACCAUUCAUUGCACAAUUGGUUUGGGCUUAUGUUGAUGUUGUGAGUUCAAAAGCCAAAUCUAAAUAGAACAAUAUAUGUUGCUUUUAUAAUAUGCCGCCAUUUUUAUGUAUAAAUAUUCCUAUGAUGCUUGCUUCAAUAAGAGUCUGCCACUUUUGUAUAAAGAAAAUAUAUACUCUCAGGGAAUAAUGCCUUAGACUUGUGUACAUGUCAUAAUCUUUAUAUCACUGUCUGUUUUAAGUGUGCAGGAAGUGGCCUUUGCAGAACAUUAAUUCAUAUCAUUCAUAUAUUUGUUAUAUGUAGCGUUGAUCAAAUUUGUACUUAAAGAAAAUAUAUAAUAAUAUUUGUGAAUUUUUUUCCUCUUCCCUAUUUAGUAUAAAAUAUUUUUUUGUUCUUUAGUUGGCCACACUGAUUUUUCAAUACGGCAUCAUUGCCAAGCUGGGUUUUUUUUCUCUGUUUAUUUUUAAAUCUUUCCCUGUAUUCCUCUUCUUACUUCUUUCUUUAGGUUCCAUUACAGCACCCCAACAUUCUCCACAUGGUUUUCUCUUCUUUUUGUUUCUCACCUUCACACUGUUUUAUUUGAUUGCUUAUAUUAACUCUUUCUCUCCUAACUGAGGAUACCAACGUUGAUUACACCAGAAUAUGGUAAAUAAUUACGGAGAGAAAGAGUUAAAUGGGAUCAGUUUUGGAUGCUGACCAGCUGUUAAGAAUCAAGGUGGAAACAAAGAGAUGAGAACUGUAAAAAAUUAAAUCCAGAUCUUUUGAAAUGCAUCCUGUCAAUUUGAACAUUGAGACACUUUAUUUGUGUUUGUUCAUUUUUAUGUUUAUUCAUUUAUAUCAUUUUUUUUGUUCUGUUCAUUGAUGUAUAAUUUAUUUGUACAGUCCCUUGAGGCAUUAAAAACUCUUUUAUAAAUGGAGGAUUAACUUCAUAAAAACUGACCAUAACCUUUUUUUUUUUUGUGUAAUUGACCAUAUGUACAAAAAUUGUCUCAUGUUUGCGGGUACAUAAAUGUACAGCUCUUAAUUUAAACAAGAAUAUCAAAUCCUGUACACAGAUGUUGAAAUGCUUUGUUGUACAUUUUUUGUUUGUACUUUGAUGUGUACAUUUCUCUGUGUAUGUGACAGAAAGGGACCUAAAUAAAAUGUCAUGAUGUCAGUUACUUGAUGUUUUGUGAUGUGCAUAUGUUCUUCUUUCAGACCUUGUGGUCUAUAGGGCAGUUGAUGUAAAGAUCAUCUGUUUCAGUGGCCCAAAUGUUAAUGAGGGUGUCAUGUGGCCAGCACAACACGACCAAUCGUCUUUACUUUUCCCUAACUAAUGUCAGGUAUCCGUUAGAGCUGGGUGGACUCAGAGACGCCCAAAGAUUCUGAAAUUAAAAAUCCCAGUUUUUACCUGGAUUCGAACCUGGGACCUCCGGUUCAGAAGCUAAGCGCUUUAUCGCUCAGCCAGCACAUAUAGGGACUUAUUCUACGCAUCAUUUCAAAAUAAUUUAGCACUGAACUUUUUCAACUUGUUUUCACAACAGGACAAUGGUUGUCAGUGAUACGAGUUAUCAGUAUCUCAGGGGCCUUUUAGGGGACGUGCUGGCUGAGAGGUAGAGUGCUUGGCUUCAUAACCGAGAGGUCCCUGGUUUGAAUCUCGGUGUGAAGACUGGGAUUUUCAAAUUAGGCAAUUUAAGGAUGCUUUAAUAGUGCCUGACUUAAGUUAGGGAAAGUAAAUUUGGUUGAUUGUUGUGCUGGCCUCAUGUUACCCUGCUCGUUAGCUGUUAGCCAAGAAAUAGAUGACUUUUACAGAUGACCCAUAGAUCACAAGGUCUGAAAGGAAUACAUUAAGUUUUUUUUUGUUGUUUUUUUCUUUUGCAGUGACCUUUUCUUGUGUGAGAUAGAAAAUAUGGGUGACCGAAUAGCAAAAUGUUCUUACAUUCUUAAUGGGUUGAGGAUUGUAGAACUAGAAUGUUUCUUAAAGAAACAGGAAGUUUGUUUAGCUAAGCAACUUAAGUCAUGAGCUGAUAAUUGUAAUCUUGAGAUUGAUGUUUACCAUGAUAUUGUGAUAGAUCAAUGCCAUCAUUAUCAAGAUAAGUAAGAAGCUAUCAUUAUCAAGAUAAGUAAGAAGCUAUCAUUAUCAAGAUAAGUAAGAAGCUAUCAUUAUCAAGAUAAGUAAGAAGCUAUCAUUAUCAAGAUAAGUAAGAAGCUAUCAUUAUCAAGAUAAGUAAGAAGCUAUCAUUAUCAGGAUAAGGUAGAAGCUAUCAUUAUCAGGAUAAGGUAGAAACUAUCAUUAUUAGCAUAAGGUCUACCAAUAAAGUGACCUAAAGCUCCCAAAUCCCACUGACUUUUCAAACUACUAACUAGUACUAACCCCUAAUUAGUGUUGUUCAUUUUAUUUCUUGAAAAGAUGUAGCUUUGAGGUUUUGCUUUGUAGCAUCUAGACAUAUCCUGAUACAGGAGAUAGAAAUAGAUUUGUCUAGUUUUUUGUUCUUAGUAGGUGUAUGUUUAGAAUGCUUUGUCAACACAUAGACAUUAGGUUCUUAGAGGUAUUUAUUCAUCUUUUUUUUUACUUGUCUUUUGAGUCUGUCUUACAUAUAUCUAGGUAAGCCUAGGUUUUUUUGUUAAUUUUGUUUUUUUUUCUCAUGUUUUUUUUUUAACGGAUGUCAUAAAUAUGCCAAAAAAUAAAUAAAAACUCAGAAAUUCAACAAAUAAAUAAUAGAAAUACCGCC